AAACUUAUUAAAUAGAUUUCUGCAAUUUAAGUUUAUCAGAAGCCACGCGACAUUUCUGCAAGAAAAUGGACGAACAAAGGAACGCUGAAACGAAGAAAAACGCGGAUAGACGGCUAACAGUGAAGAAUAAAAUUUCGUUUUCCUUUUGUGGUCCACCGUAUCAACUGACCAACACGGCAAUAGGAUUCUUCUAUCUGGUGUUUCUUCUUGAGGUAGCGCGACUAUCUCCAGUUUUAGUCUCAAUCAUUGUAUUGACAGGUCGUUUUUGGGAUGCGAUUACUGAUCCCAUUGUUGGACACUUAGUGAAUGUAACCCAAAAUCGAGCACCUUCUCUGAAAAAAUGGUGCGCAAUCAAUACUCCAGUGCUAGCAGUCUCAUAUUUUCUUCUUUGGAUUGUGCCACCAGUUCCAGCUGUGCUCAAAUUUGGCUACUACCUUAUCAUUUACAUGGUGUUUCAGACGUCUGUUACUUGCCUGAAUGUUCCCUCGAAUGUGAUGAUUAUGUACAUCACGAAAAAUCACAAGGACAGAAAUAGUGCAACAGCACUAAAAAUGACAAUUGAGUUAUUCUCCAUUGUCGUGUCAGUCCUGGUACAGAAUCUGACCAUUCUCUUCUUGAGCGAGAGUGAAGCUGACGAUUGCGGAAAGUCACAGAGUCUAGAAUUAAAUCAUACUUCUUCAGUAGCUCCUGGAUUCAUAAGCGAGGAUGUGCUUAAUUCCUGGAAAAAGAGCUACUUGAUCGCUGCUUCUAUAAUUACCGUUCUUAUUGUAAUAGCUCUUGUCUCCUUCGUUAUGGGAAAUGACGAGACAAUCAAUUACGAGAGUUCGGAGACAAGACGACGACGCGCACACAGUAUAUCUGGCUCCGCGCAAGUCGAAAUUAAGGAGUCAUUCCGUAGCGCUUUCUGGCUCAUUAUCAACUACAAACCCUUCCAGAUGCUCACAGCAGCCUACCUAUUCCUGGCGCUUUCGCUCCAACUGAUCCAGACCAACUUCGUGUUGUAUUUGAAGAUCGUAUUCGGUCUCAAAGAUGCAUACUACUAUCCUCUAAUUUGUCUCUUGGUCUCCGCGUUCUUAUCAGUUCCAAUUUGGCAAUGCUCAUUACGGUUUAUGUCGAAACGACGAGCAUUUGCCGUGGGAAAUGUUGUUCUAAUGAUACCGAUAGUGGCUAUGUUCUUUCUGCCCGCAACCACCCUACUAUGGCAGGCGUGUGUGUGGUGUGUGUUUGCAGGAGUUGGGGUAGCAAACGCCUACUUACUUCCCUGGUCUAUGCUCCCAGACGUGAUUGCAGAUUACCAUCACACUAGAGGUGCCAGGCACGAUGGCUUAUUCUACGGAGUGUUUGUGUUCUUUACCAAAUUUGCAGUAGGUGUAGCACAAGGAAUCAGCCAGUUGACCUUAUUCUAUGUAGGCUACAAUAACGGAGCUUGUGAGCAGAACCUAAAUGUGUCAACAGCCAUCAGAUAUUUGAUUGCACCUGUGCCCUGUUGUUUUACUGUAGUGUCGGUGUUUUUGUUGUUUUUCUACAAGCUCGAAGCCAUACUGGAAAAAAGCAGUGAAUCAGAUGUGCAGAACCUACCAGAUAACCAAAUUUAUCAUGGGAAAGAAGCUGAAAAAUACCAAGAGUCUAGUAGCGAGGACAAUCUUACGAAAAUUCCCGUGGAUAUAGUUCAUAACCCAACAGGGGACAAACAAGAUGAAGUGUUUGUGCAGGCGAAACGUCCGUCUCUAAAAAGGACGAGGAAAGGCGACUCAGAACUCGGCGUCAAAGAAGGCUCUGUUUUUAAUACUUCUAAUGCGUAAGAGUCAGUGACUGACACUUUUUAAAAUUAAAUUCAUAUUGAAACUAUGCUAAAUACCAAGGGUAGAAAAUAUUUUAGUCAAACAUCUCUUUGAAGGUUAAUGAGCGGGUAAUAUUUUCUGCCGAAAGUCUUGAAGACUAUCUUUUUGCACCUGGAUUGAGUUCGCUUUUCCAGUAUCAUCAUGGAAUCUCUACUUUUCUCCUGAAGUUUGAUCUCAUUUCGAUGUCUUAAUUCUGUAUUAAUGCCUUGCUAGUUAUUGAUAUUGAUAGGUUUGUUAUAAGUUACCAUGCCAAAUUUAGUUUAGUUUGACUCUGCUUGCAAUAGUUACUAUUUCAUAACUUUUUGUGGUAUUGCUCACUGAUGUAUUCAGCAAUACUUCAUCUGCCGCUUGCUCAAUGGUCACAGAAAUUUACUGGUGUCAAUUUUUCAAUUUUAUUUAAUGCUUCAAAAGUUGUAUUGUAUCUUGUUUCACACCCCACCCCACCCCCCCUCCCCCUAUUGCAAAAGGGGUGAACUCGUUACAAGGU